CUGCACCGCGUUACUGCUAAGGAGUCGUUUCCGCUUCGGAAUCCGCGAUCGGCGUAGCUUUACGUUUCUGCGGAUCUUCCGCCAUGGCUCGAAAUGCAGAAAAGGCCAUGACGGCCUUGGCGAGAUUUCGCCAAGCUCAGCUAGAAGAAGGAAAGGUUAAGGAGCGAAGGCCUUUUCUUGCUUCAGAAUGUAAUGAGCUGCCAAAAGCUGAGAAAUGGAGGCGACAGAUUAUUGGUGAAAUUUCCAAGAAAGUGGCACAAAUUCAAAAUGCUGGCUUAGGUGAAUUCAGAAUUCGUGACUUGAAUGAUGAAAUUAACAAACUCCUAAGAGAAAAGGGACACUGGGAAGUCCGGAUAAAGGAGCUGGGAGGACCCGAUUAUGCAAGAAUUGGUCCCAAAAUGCUUGAUCAUGAAGGAAAAGAAGUUCCAGGAAACAGGGGUUACAAAUAUUUUGGAGCUGCUAAAGAUUUGCCUGGGGUCAGAGAGCUUUUUGAAAAAGAACCCCUUCCUCCUCCUAGGAAGACACGAGCUGAACUCAUGAAGGCUAUCGAUGCAGAAUACUAUGGCUACAGAGAUGAGGAUGAUGGUGUCCUGGAGCCGUUGGAGCAGGAACAUGAAAAGAAAGUUAUUGCAGAAGCAGUGGACAAAUGGAAAGCAGAAAGAGAAGCACGGCUUGCAAGAGGUGAUAAAGAAGAGGAGGAGGAGGAAAUAAACAUCUAUGCAGUAGAUGAUGAUGAGUCUGAUGAAGAAAGCGGAAAGGAAAAAGAAGGAGAGGACAGUCAGCAGAAGUUUAUUGCUCAUGUCCCAGUGCCAUCACAACAAGAGAUUGAGGAAGCUCUUGUCCGAAGAAAGAAGAUGGAACUUCUUCAGAAGUAUGCCAGUGAAGCUCUUAUGGCUCAAAGUGAAGAGGCUAAGAGACUCCUAGGACUAUAGCGUGUGUUGAGACAGUUCUGUUUUAUAAUCCAUCCUAUAGCAUCCUGGGAGCAGCUGCUUAAAGCACAUUGGUUCUGGAAAAAUUAUGUACUCUUUACAAAUGCUGGAAACGAAGGGUGAUUUCUUUCCCUAAGCACAUUUCACUGCAAGCAUUUUACUCUGCCCCAUUCUGUACAAUUUUUUGUUUUCAGCUUCAGUAGUCCAAACUCAGAAUAACUAGCCAGCUUGCCUUCUGAGUUGUCCUUUUUUAGCUACUUUCCUUUUUGCUUAAUUUCUGCUUUAAAUGGCAUUUCCAGUUGCUCUUAAAUUAGAAAUUAGCAUUCCAGUAUGCUUCGCCAGUCUCAGUAAAAUACAACAGCAUUUAGAUGAAGCCAUAGUUAGCUGCUCACCCUUAUUGCCUGCAAAUUUGGAACAGAAUUGAAGGCAGUUGUUACAGAGUGAUUUAUUUUUUAAUGUUUGACUUCACAGCAGAAAUGAAACGCUCUGCACAACUAAUACAGCUUUAUGUAGCAUGCUCAAAGCUCGAUGUGAACACCCACUUGGUUGGAUUUCUGAAAUGCUGGAUAUUUCAGCAACUAAUAUUGUAAAUACUGUUUCACCUUUGUAAUAUCACUCGGAUCUUUUCAGUAAAACAAUUUUUAUGUAGA